CCGUUGAACUUCGAAGAGUUUGUUUUCAAAUUCCGUUGCAUCGAGCAGAGGAUUAGGUGGCUCUUCAAUGUGAAUCUACGUUAAUCGGCAAUAGUCUUUAAAUAGUGAUCAAAGUUUUUGAGAGGGUAAAAAGUGAAUUUCGUUGUAACGUUGUUUUGUAAUCGGGGAAAUGUUUCUUUUUCAAUCAAUGAACAACGAAAUAAACAGAGGAUUGUGAAGGACACGCGAGCAACCCUUGAUAAACUUUGUCGUACGACGGUGCGCCAUGUGCCAGAAAAAAUCACUCGAUUUGAUUACGCGAAAAAUUUUACCGCAAUUUUACGCAGCUUCUUGUGUAACGGUUUCUCUGGAAGUUUAUAAAAAAAUUUCUUACACAAGCAGCGUGUUUCUGAUAGUGGUGAAUAACUAGGUGGGACUAUACACGAUAGAAAAAGUAAUAAAACGAAACGAUGUCGGAAUCCAGUGGCGAUCCAGGCCGCGUACACGGAUAUACAAAUCCAUCAUUUUGUCGUCAGUCGGAAUUCAUUUCCGAUGAAAAUAACGCCGAUCUACCACCGCCGCUACAAUUUCAGGGUGAUGAUCUUCCCCCACCACCACCGCCCAUCCAGCAGCAGCAUCAUCAGCAUGCUUACGGUCAAAGUAACCCGGUUUUUCAUACCGCCGAGGAACCGGUGUCAAAUUUAAACACCGUUGGCAAGGGUAGAUACGUUUACCUUAGCGAUGAACCGAUAACUCAAAUUCAAAAUCAAAUAACUCAUCAAGUAAAUCACAGAAGAUACGGAAGCCUUCCCGUUCAACAAGAAUUAGAUCCCCAAAUAUCGAAAUACGAUUAUAUUCCCGAGGGUGAACCUCAUCGGCAGCAACUCCUCCAACGUCACGGUUCGUCGAGGUACGCCUACAUCCCUAGCCAACAAACGCAACAACAGCAGGUGCAAUUUCAACAUUGCAUCGGCAGUUCCCCUCGUUCCAUACCACCGGUCAACCAAGACGAUACUCGAAGGUUAAACUCGACUCACCAAGUUCAAGUUGCUGUUGGAAGAUACGCGGAGAUACCAGUCGAACAGAAUUUUUCAAGUCAAAAAAUAAUAAGUCACGAGAGGAAUUAUUCACCAGGACCUAAUCAGUCGUCGACGUCGACGGCGCGGGGACGUUACGCGAGAAUUCCGUUGCAAGAAGAAGAUCCGCCGGCAUUACCGGAGCGUAACGGAGGGUCGUCGGUAUCGCCUCGGAACAAUCCGGCGACCCAAAAACUCCACGAAAUUUUAACAACCCCGAGGAAAGUCGGCAGAUCAAGGUCGGAAGAGAGAACCCUUUCCCCGAAAAGACAACAACAUAUUCAAGGAAACAACGGCGGUACUCCUCAAAGAAGAGCUCUAACCCCCGGCAGUUCUCCUUCAGGUCGUACGUUGAGCCCAGGACCUCGCAUAACUCCUCAAGGAACACCGCAGGGUCGCACAUUUUCGCCAAAUCAUCCGCAAACUUCGACGCCAAACAAAGAUCAGCCGUCGGCGAGACGUUGUUUGCCGUUAACGGAGUUAACAUCUUCCUCGAUGAAUCGUGGCGGUCAAGAUCAGCAACAACAGUCGGUCUGUCCAGCUAGUAACUGCGGACGUCUUCGAUACGUUGGUACCGCGCCUGUUGAUUUGACAGAGUUAUCUCGUUGCGAACCACCCCCGAGAUACGCAUAUCUGGAUGGUCCUGGACCGGAAUCCGUGCCGAUGAUCUGCAGUUCCCCCAGAUAUCAAGUGGUCCCGACAUCCGAUAUGCAAAAACGGACAGGAUACCAGAGCGUUGAAAGCGCUUUCGUAGCAAGAACCGCAGUCGUACCGCCUCUAUCUCCGCCGAACAGCGACGCCAAUACAACCUUGGCGAGUGGACUUGAUAAAAACGAGCGUAGAAACGCCCCCUUGCUUUUAAUCCUCGUCGGCGUUUUGACCUGUGGAUUAUCUCUCUACUUAUCCUGGACUCAAGGACGAAGGUACUAUUUCGACAGUGCGGCCGGUUGCGGAGCAUGCUGCGCACUAGCAGGGGCGUGCAGAAGUUUGAAACGUACAUGGACGGGAUUCGGAUUAGCAGCAUUAUCUGCAUUAAGUUGCGCAGGACUUUUGUUACUCGCUUUAACAGCGCCUCGUUCCGGGACACCACUUCACGAUGUUACAGCUGGUGCGUUGUGCGGAGUAUCCCUUUUGGGCGCUGCCCUAGCUCUACUCGCUCUGAUAGCUCCGAGAUGUGACCUUGGUCGUCACAGACGCGUCCAUUCUUGGAUACCGAAUUUUUCUCCCUAAAUGAUAAUGAGGAAAUGUGCGAAAAAAUGAAGUAAAGGCAAAAAAAAAAAAAAAAAAAUAUCGAAAAAACUAACAACAAGAAAGACAAUACCAAAAUAAUAUAUUAUAGAGUUUAAAUGCUAUUGUAUCUCUAUUAUGACGACACAAUUAUUGUACUGUAUGCAUAUAAUACUAUUAAUUCAGAUAAUUUGAUUAGCUAUUUAUAUUAGUAAUAAAAAAUUGACGGUAUAUUUGAAUAUUUGAUAAUAAGAAAUUAAAUAUAUAAAAACAUGUAUUUAAUUAUAUUAUGAAAUAAAUAAGUUUUUUAUUAGUCAA